CACGCCUACCUACCAAGCCAACACCUCAGCUCCGUGCCUAGAAGUUGUCUCCAUUCAUAGCCUGCACUCACAGCUCUCACAACCCUCGAUACCUCAGCAAGACUCCCCCAUCCGGCGUCCGACAAACCUCCCAACUGCAACACCAGGGACGGGCUUCCCUUCCCUAGGCGGCAUCAUGACUGCCUCAACUCCCAACCCUCUCCUCUCCAACCAAAAGAGUUCCGAGCUCCAAGCUAUCCUCCACCCUCUCGUCCUCCUCACCAUCUCCGACUAUAUCACGAGACACACUCUCCGAGAACAGCAAGGCCCUAUAGUUGGUGCUCUGUUAGGCCAGCAGAACGGCCGCGAGAUCACCAUCGAGCAUGCAUUUGAGGCCCACAUGCGAGUUGCCCCCGAGGUCCAAGGCGGUUACCUUUUGGACCAUGACAAGUUUGGUGCACGAUUAGAGCAGAUGAUCACUGUCCACAAGGACCGUCAACUCGACUUCGUCGGCUGGUACACGCUGCUGCCUUCCUCCGGCCCGACUUCCACAAUCCUCCCGGUCCACAACCAAAUUCUCGAAACUUGGAACGAGUCCGCCGUCCUCCUCGGCUUCCAUCCCGAACAAGUCAUCGAUCACUCCGUUGGCGGCCGGCUCCCCCUGACCAUCUUCGAGAGCAACUACGAAGUCGACGACGCCAAGACCGAAAACGAUGGAGAAGAUAAGAAGAUGGAUGAUGGAGAGGCGCCUCUCAAGCUCAAGUUCAGAGAACUCCCUUACUCCGUCGAGACCGACGAAACCGAGAUGAUCAGCAUGAACUACGUUGCUGGGGCUGGCGGGAAUGCUGCUGCUGUGGCGACCAAGGAUGACAAGCCCGCCAGGUCCGUCGAGUCUAACGGCAAGGGUAAGCGGCGACUGGUGGAGAGCCGAGACGAGGAGCGAAAGGACCCAUCCCAGGACGAUGAAGUUCCUCUCACAAUCGAGGAGGACGAGAUGAUUGCUGCGCUCACCGCAAAAGCCAACGCCAUCAAGAUGCUCCAUUCCCGAAUCCGCCUCCUCACCACCUACCUGGAGCGUCUGCCCCCCUCGUACGUCAAUGGCGAAAAGACGGCAUCCGAAUCCAUGGAUACCGACUACACAACCCCGUCCCAAACUGUCCUCCGCCAGAUCCAAGCCCUUGUGAGCCGCCUCGAUCUCGUCAUCCCCUCAGACGAAGCCUCCUUUGAGAAGGAGAUGCUGCACGAGACCAACGACGUCAACCUAGUCGGCCUCCUGAACGGCAUUAUGCAGAGCGUCAACCAGGCCCGUGAUGUGGGCAAGAAGUUCAACAUCGUCGAGUCGGCUAAGGCCACCAACCGCCGUAACCAGGACUACGCCGUUGACCCAACCUCCUUCAAUCUUCGAGGCGCCGGCGACAUUCUCAUAUAAUAGCUAUGAGAGAAGCUGAGUGGCGAUCUUCCAGGUUUCCUACUGUAGGGAUCUUGUUUACUUUGUUGAUUUAGCCCGGCGUUCGGGGUUGAGGUAGAACUCCAUAUACACCAUAACAUCAUAGAACAUGUUGCAUGGCAUGGUACACAAUUCGGCAGUCUCAAAAGCCGUGUUCGCGUCACACACCCAUCUGUCUAAUUUUUUGGCCCUAAAAACAAGAAACAAAUAAAAAUAAAAACA